AUAAAAGGUUCUCAUAAUUGCUUGUGCGAAUUCUUUUCUUCGCAUCUCGCAGUAGCGAGCCCAAUACAAAUUUGAGUAUUUUGCACGAUAAAGCUCGUGUUGAAAGGAUAACACAAACUAAACUUUUCCGAAUUUUAUAAAAUUGAUCCCAUAAUUGUAUGUACAGUUAUGCAAAACGAUUCCUGACCCGCUUGGCAUGCACACAAGCAAAAAUUAAAUUUUCCAGUUUAAUUGAAGAUUGACGAUUUAGGACAAAUCUAUACUCUAAGGUCGGAAAUCGUUUUGGAAGAAUUUUGGAAAAUCUAUGUUUUAUGUCAGCAAUCAUUUCCAGAUCGAAUUUCUUACCGAAUAAAAGCUUGAAUCAAUGUCGAAAGUCCUAAGAAUCAAUCUGAUUUUUGUAUGAACGUGAGCAUUAAAAAUGUGUCAGCGUUAAUCAUGAAAAAUGUGUAUAGUUAUAGCUAAUUGUUGAGUGGGUGUAAAACGUAUACGCCUAUUGUCAUAAAUAAUGAUGGUAAACCAAGUAGACGAUACAUACAUGGUGCAAUGAUUUAAAAUGUACCUACGUGUGUACAUCCAUAGUAUCAAUCACACUUUCAUAUAAUGCAGAAUUUUUUAUGUAGAUAUUUUCAUUAUCCUUUUACAUAUGUUGAUUUUGUUAAAUAAUAAAGGAAACAUUAGAUAGUUCUAAUUUAUUUGCAACACGCUAUUGUAUAUAUUUUGUACAUAUUUUGAUUAUAAAGCAUUGAUAUUCUUUUAUGAAAAUGCAUUUUUCUAUACCAGAUACACAAGAAUUUAUUGAUGCAAGUGGCAAUGCAUACAUCGGCUAUAAUAUUCACAUAAAUGGAUUAUUUCAUUGUACUGUGCGAUAUAAACAAUUGUAUAGUCUGCAUGAACAAUUGGCAAAAGAUUUGGACAUAUUUCUCCCAUCAUUUCCACCCAAAAGGUUUUUUCCUUUAACAACAAAUCAACAGGAAGAACGUCGCCUCGCUUUGGAAAAAUAUAUACAAGCAAUUGGACAAAACCCAGAAAUUAAUAAAUCGGGAAUGUUAAAUGGGUUCUUAUUAAAUGCACAACAAGAAACCAUUGGAGGACAAUGCAAUAAUGAAGUUAUGGAUAUUUUUCUUAUGAAUGGCUGUAAAAUAACAAUAAAUGUAACUACAGGAGAUCACUCUGAUAAUGUUCUGAAGAAAGUAUAUAAACAUAUCAGGUUGCCUGAGCAAUAUUAUUCUUAUUUCGCAUUAUUUAUCCUUGUUCAAGAUGAAGCAAAUGGUAUUCGUUUAUUACGAAAAUUACAAGACUUUGAGUCCCCUUUUAUAACAAAUAAACAUCUGCACAUUAUAGGAAGUAAAGUAAUGCUUGGAAAAAAUUAUUGGGACAUUGGAUAUGAUCUUACAUUGAUGACUAAUGCAGUGGCUGUGAAUUUAUUAUAUGUUCAAGCAGUUGCAGAAGUUGAAAGGGAGUGGAUCCCUGUACCAGAUGAAUUAAAAGAGCAGUUGAUUGUUUUACAGAAAGAGGAGAAGAAAAAAGAAUAUCUGGAUAUAGUUCGUACGGCGAAGUAUUAUGGGUUCAUUCAAUUUGCCCCAUGUUUUUGUGAUUAUCCUCAGCCAGACUCUAAAGUGUUAGUUGCCAUAGGUAGAAAUCAAUUAAAUUUGCGCAUAUUGUCUGAUGGCGUAACACGCGAAGAAGUGUUUGAUGUGUCUCGAAUGCGUUGUUGGCGAAUAACUACGUUACAGAACGGGCCUGAAAGGGGGAGUGAAGAAAGCGACGAUUUUAGUUUAGAAUUGUCUUUCGAAUAUUUAAUAGCCAAAAACCAGUUACAAUGGAUUACAAUAACUUCAGAACAAGCAAUUUUGAUGUCCGUAUGCUUGCAAGCUAUGAUCGAUGAAUUAUUAUUAAAGAACGUUGGUAGCGAUAAAACACGGGAAGUAUCACAAAAAUCUUGGACCUAUGUUAUGAGAGAUGGCCAACGUGUUACAAUGAGAUCGAAAUCUGAUGACGAACCUGAUGAAAGUAAAAAGAAUCAUUGCAUCAAAGAACCUUCUAAGUCAGAACCAGUCAUGAAAAAACUUGUGGAUAGACUGUCAGUAGUGAAAAUAAAAAAAGCCAAUAAUAGUAAAAAUAAUAUGAACAACAGAAUUCAACCAAGACAAACGUCAGAAUAUGAUGUCAUGGAAAAUAAUGCAUUUUGUAUGAUCGGUGAUGAUGACUUGUGAAUCGAAUACUUUACUCUAUUUUUACUAAAACGAGAUCAAAAUAUACAAUAUAAAUACGUACUCUUCCAAAUGAUGCAUUAUAAUGUUAUAUAACAAUAUUUUUGUAUGAUAUAUAAAUAUUUUGUUGAAAAUAAAAUGUUUACAGUAUUUAA